AUGGGAUGUACCUUGAGCGCCGAGGAAAGAGCCGCCCUGGAGCGGAGUAAGGCCAUCGAGAAGAACCUGAAGGAGGACGGGAUCAGCGCCGCCAAAGACGUGAAACUCCUCCUGCUCGGGGCCGGUGAGUCGGGGAAAAGCACCAUCGUGAAGCAAAUGAAGAUCAUCCAUGAGGAUGGCUUCUCUGGAGAAGAUGUGAAGCAGUACAAGCCAGUGGUCUACAGCAACACUAUACAGUCACUGGCAGCGAUUGUACGUGCCAUGGAUACCUUGGGCAUCGAAUACGGUGACAAGGAGCGACGGGUAACUGCAAGGCAGGUUUGGGGGGCUGCUUGUCGGAUGGAGGACACAGAGCCCUUCUCUCCAGAGCUGCUGUCAGCUAUGAUGAGACUCUGGGCAGACUCUGGGAUCCAAGAAUGCUUCAACCGAUCCCGAGAAUAUCAACUUAACGACUCGGCCCAAUAUUACCUAGACAGCUUAGAUCGAAUCGGAGCUGCAGACUACCAGCCCACAGAGCAGGAUAUACUCCGAACCAGGGUCAAAACAACUGGCAUUGUAGAAACCCACUUCACAUUUAAAAACCUCCACUUCAGGCUCUUUGAUGUCGGGGGCCAGCGGUCAGAACGCAAGAAGUGGAUUCACUGCUUUGAGGACGUCACAGCGAUCAUUUUCUGUGUCGCGCUGAGUGGCUACGACCAGGUGCUCCAUGAAGAUGAAACCACGAACCGCAUGCACGAAUCACUGAAGCUUUUUGACAGCAUCUGCAACAACAAAUGGUUCACAGACAUAUCUAUCAUCCUCUUUCUAAACAAGAAGGACAUAUUUGAGGAGAAAAUUAAGAAAUCUCCACUGACUAUCUGCUUUCCUGAGUAUACAGGUCCCAACACCUAUGAGGAUGCGGCUGCCUACAUCCAAGCACAAUUCGAAAGCAAAAACCGCUCCCCCAACAAGGAGAUUUACUGUCACAUGACAUGUGCCACAGACACGAACAACAUCCAGGUGGUAUUUGAUGCUGUCACCGACAUCAUCAUUGCUAACAACCUGCGGGGCUGCGGCUUGUACUGA